AGGGCUGUGGGCGCGGGGAGGGGGCGCCAUGGCGGAGCCGGGAGGCCUGGAGCCCGAGAUCCGGGCCUGCAGCCCGAGUGACACCAUGGCCGCCCCGCAGCUCUUCCGUGCACUCGUGUCUGCGCAGUGGGUGGCCGAGGCGCUGCGGGCCCCGCGUGCGGGGCAGCCGCUGCAGCUACUCGACGCCUCCUGGUACCUGCCCAAGCUGGGCCGCGACGCGCGCCGCGAGUUCGAGGAGCGCCACAUCCCGGGCGCCGCCUUCUUCGACAUCGACCAGUGCAGCGACCGCACGUCGCCCUACGACCACAUGCUGCCCCGCGCCGAGCAGUUCGCGGAGUACGCGGGCCGCCUGGGCGUGGGCGCCGCCACACACGUCGUGGUCUAUGACGCCAGCGAGCAGGGCCUGUACGCGGCGCCGCGGGUCUGGUGGAUGUUCCGCGCCUUCGGCCACCGCACCGUGUCGCUGCUCGACGGCGGCCUGCGCCACUGGCUGCGCCAGGGCCUCCCGCUCGGCUCAGGCAAGAGCCACCCCGCGCCCGCUGAGUUCCACGCGCAGCUCGACCCCGCCUUCGUCAAGACCUACGAGGACAUCAAGGAGAACCUGGAAGCCCGGCACUUCCAAGUGGUGGAUGCCCGCGCUGCUGGCCGCUUCCAGGGCACGGAGCCUGAGCCCCGAGACGGCAUUGAACCCGGCCACAUCCCCGGCACCGUGAACAUCCCCUUUACAGAGUUCAUGACCCCAGAGGGCCUGGAGAAGAGCCCGGAGGAGAUCCGGUGCCUGUUCCAGGAGAAGAAGGUGGACCUGUCCCGGCCACUCGUGGCCACCUGCGGCUCGGGCGUCACUGCCUGCCACGUGGCCCUGGGGGCCUACCUGUGCGGCAAGCCCGACGUGCCCAUCUACGACGGCUCCUGGGUAGAGUGGUUCAUGCGUGCCCGACCCGAGGACAUCAUCUCCGAGGGCCGGGGGAAGACGCACUGAGGCCGGGCAAGACGCAGGCCAGCUCCGGCGAUGCCCGGCCACCAGCCGUGCCCAGCCCGGCUACGCUGACUGCACUGACAGCGCAUCUCCAUCCGGCCCCAGUGUCCACUGAGGCCACAUCCCAGGCCCAGAACUUCCACUGACUCUUGGGCUCCCUGCAGAGGCAAGGGAGGAGACAGCGGGGGGCAGGGGACCCAGGUCCACACGCCGGCUGCCCCACACGGUGCUGAGGGGCCGCCCCGCCUGCCUUGUUUCCCUGUUGAGGAAAUAAAACAGCCACGUGCCAAAUCCA